AUGUCAUCUAUUGUGAACAACCCAACGGUGCUUGAUGCAAAGUUGCUAGUUCCGAAAGCUCUUGUGGCCAGGCCAUACGUCUGGCCUUGGACCAUAAUAUAUCCCAUCUGGGGCAAUAUCUAUUUCAACCAUUACGAUGAGUAUAUCAAAGGUCCAGAAUGGACUUUUGUGUACUUUGGAACAAUUCUUUCCUUACAACUUCUGUUUUGGUUAAUGCCUCAUUGGAAUUUGAAUAUUAGAGCAAAAUUCCAGUAUAACCCUGUCGAUAAGAUUUCUGAGGCUACUCAUAUCAGAAUCACACCUGCACCAAACACUGGAUUAGGUGAGAUUUGUGAGAUUAGAACAGACAAGUUUGAGGAUGGAGAGACUCAGGUUUCAUUUCUUUACCAGAAGAGAAGACAUCUGCUUCAUUCGGAUAAUGUAUUUUCUCCUCCCCAGUUUAUUGUUGAUGAGAACCCUCAACUUGGUGUUUUCCAAGAAUCCACAGGACUAAGUGGCCCACUAUCAAAGAUGCAGAGAUUGUAUGGUAAAAACUUGUUUGACAUUCCAAUUCCAACAUUCUUGGAGUUGUUCAAAGAACACGCUGUUGCUCCAUUUUUUGUGUUCCAAAUCUUUUCCGUUGCAUUAUGGUGCAUGGAUGAAAUGUGGUAUUUUUCGUUGUUUUCGUUGUUCAUGUUGGUAUCCUUUGAAUGUACCACUGUUUUCCAGAGAAGAUCCACCAUGAAUGAGUUCCACAGUAUGGGUAUAAAACCAUAUCUCAUUUAUGUCUUCCGUAAUAAGACCUGGGUCAACAUUCAAAGUGACGAUUUGCUUCCAGGCGAUUUGGUUUCUAUUACUCGCACAGCUGAAGAUAGCGCUAUUCCUUGUGAUCUAAUCCUUGUGGAUGGAUCUUGUAUUGUCAAUGAGGCUAUGCUUUCAGGUGAAUCGACUCCCUUGUUGAAAGAGUCCAUCAAACUGAGACCAGCAACUGAUUCGUUUGACCCUGAAGGUCUAGAUAAGAACUCAAUUUUACACGGAGGUACAUCAUGUCUUCAAGUGUCCAGUCCAGAAGAUCCAUCUGUUCCUCUUGCUCCAGACGGUGGUGCUUUAGCUAUUGUUACUAAGAUUGGUUUUGAAACUUCCCAGGGUUCUUUGGUUCGUGUUAUGAUAUUUUCCAGUGAGAGAAUGAGUGUCGCCAACAAGGAGGCAUUCUUCUUCAUUUUGUUUCUGCUAGUGUUUGCCAUUGUUGCUUCAUGGUAUGUUUGGGUCGAAGGUAGUAAAAUGGGUCGUAUUCAAUCUAAGUUGAUCUUGGACUGUAUAAUGGUGAUAACCUCAGUUGUUCCUCCGGAACUCCCUAUGGAACUGACCAUGGCAGUUAAUUCCUCGUUGGCCUCUUUGGGUAAGUACUAUGUUUACUGUACCGAACCCUUUAGGAUUCCACUUGCAGGAAGAAUUGACGUUUGUUGUUUUGACAAAACUGGAACGUUAACAGCCGAGGACCUUGUUUUCGAAGGAUUGGCUGGCUUUGAUGAAUCCGAUGUACACUCUUUGAAGAAACCAAACGAUGUUCCCGAAGAAACUUUGCACGUUCUCGGAGCAGCUCACGCAUUGGUUAAGUUGGACGAUGGAGAAGUUGUUGGUGACCCAAUGGAACAGGCAACAUUGAAGGCUGCUGGAUGGAAGCUAGGUGAUAAAGACCAAUUGUACAAAACCGAUGGAAAGAAACAGGAGAAAAUUAAAAUUCUGAGAAGAUUUCAAUUUUCUUCUGCCUUGAAGAGAUCUAGUUCUAUUGCCACUGUACAUAAGAAAAAUUUUGUUGCCGUGAAGGGUGCCCCUGAAACCAUCAAAGAAAGACUAGUUGAUGCCCCUAAACAUUACGAGAAUACUUACAAGACUUUCACUAGAGCUGGGUCGAGAGUGUUGGCUUUGGCCUACAAACCAUUACCAGACAAUUUAUCAUCGAACAAGAUUACAAAAUUCACCAGAGAAGAAGUCGAGACUGAUCUAUUGUUUGCUGGUUUCAUUGUUUUCCAUUGCCCAAUGAAAGGAGAUGCUAUCGAGACAAUCAGAAUGUUGAAUGAGUCAAGCCACAGAUGUGUUAUGAUCACCGGUGACAAUCCACUAACCGCGGUCCAUGUUGCUAAGGAAGUUGAAAUUUCCAAACGACCUACACUUAUCCUUGAUUUGCCUGAAGCCCAUCACGGGGACCACGAACUAAUCUGGAGAAGUGUUGAUGAAAGUGAGCUCAUUCCUUUCUCGUCCACGGACAAGAUUGAUGAGAGCAUUUUUGAUAAGAGUGAUAUUUGCCUAACUGGGUAUGCUUUAGCUAAGUUAAUGGAUCAUCCCCAAUUGACGAAGCUUAUUAGACACACUUGGGUGUUUGCCAGAGUUUCACCUUCUCAAAAGGAAUUUAUCUUGAAUUCCUAUAAGGAGAUGGGCUAUAAGACACUGAUGUGUGGGGACGGUACUAACGAUGUUGGUGCUUUGAAACAGGCACACGUUGGUAUUGCACUGUUAAAUGGUACGGAAGAAUCGCUGAAAAAGAUCCAGGAAAACAAGAAGAUUGAAGCCAUUCAAAAAAUGUACCAGAAGCAGGUUGAUUUGAUGAAGAGAUGGAACUCUCCUCCACCCAAGGUUCCCCCUUUGAUUGCCCAUUUAUACCCACCUGGACCAUUGAAUCCCCACUACUUAACUGCACUUGAGAAGAAUGGUAAGACAAUCACUGAUGAAAUCCGUGCUUCGGUAGCUGCUGCCAACGACGGACAAGUAUCUGCUGCAGUGGGAGCAUCUUUGAAUGCUUCGAGCUUAGCUGAUUCUCUUACUGGGUCAAUGACUGAUCUAGAGGAGGAGAUGGAGGCCCCGACCCUGAAAUUGGGUGAUGCUUCAGUUGCAGCUCCAUUUACUUCCAAACUAGCUAAUGUCAACACAGUCACCCACGUUAUUCGCCAGGGAAGAUGUGCUUUGGUGUCGACUAUUCAAAUGUACAAAAUUUUGGCAUUGAAUUGUCUGAUUAGCGCUUAUUCCUUGUCUGUAUUGUACUUGGCUGGAAUCAAGUUUGGUGAUAUGCAAGCCACCGUAAGUGGAAUGCUGUUAUCUGUAUGCUUCCUUUCAAUUUCUCGUGGUAAGCCAAUUGAGAAAUUGUCUAAACAAAGACCCCAACCUGGAAUUUUUAACAUUUAUAUCAUGGGAUCAAUUAUUGGUCAAUUUGCUGUCCACAUUAUCACCUUGAUCUAUAUCGCAAUUGAAAUUUACAAGUUGGAGCCAAGAGAGCCUCAAGUCGAUUUAGAGAAGGAGUUCAAGCCAUCAUUGUUGAACACGGCUAUUUUCCUGUUGCAAUUAGCUCAACAGGUUGCCACAUUUGCUGUUAACUACCAAGGUAAACCUUUUAGAGAGUCAAUUUCUGAGAAUAAAGGAAUGUAUUAUGGUCUAGUAGGAGUUUCAUUUUUGUGCAUCAGUGGAGCAACUGAGUUUGUCCCUGAACUGAACCAAGGUAUGAAAUUUGUGCCUAUGGACAAGUUAUUCAAAACUAAACUUACUUCAUGCAUUUUGUUAGACGUUGGACUUUGUUUUUUCAUUGAGCAAGUGCUCAAAUAUUUCUUCAGUGAUUUCAAAGCAAGCGACAUUGCUAUUCACGACGAGGAUGAGGAGGAGAUUGAGAUCAAGAAGAACAUUUAG